AUGGACCUAAGAUGGUUAUUGGAUGAAGAUAACUUAACAAGUAUUUUAGUUCUUAAUUAUUGAUAAGCUGCAGAUUAAUGCGAUCAUUUAAAUAUAUCCUUCAUUAGUUCCCCAAAUAGAUCAUAAUUAGGAAAAACAAUUAAAAAUUAAUAUUCUGCAGUUGAAUUUGCUGAUACUUUAGGAAAAAUAUUUUAAGUAAUAGAUUAAUUUUUACAUAUAAAUAGGCUAUAAAGGAGAAAAAUUUAGAGAAAGUAUAAAAUUUGGUGAAUAUACAUAAGAAAAGAUCAUAUAAUUUAGGAGGAGAUCCUGAAUUUAAGUGGGAUAUAAUCAAUGAUUUAAGUCUUAAUUGGUCUCCACUUCAUCAUUCUAUAUUCUUAGGUUGUGAAGCUAUAUUUUUGUGGUUUUUAAGUAUGGGAGGUGAUAUUACAUCAAUUACAUAUGAUGGAUAUUCUGCUCUAAUUUUAGCUGUUUUAUCAAGAAGUGAAUUAAUGGUAAAUUUAUUGAUUGCUUAACCAAAUCUUAACAUUAAUCAUAUUUCACGAAAAGGAUCAGCUUUACAUAUUGCCAUUUAAUAAAAUUAAAUAUCAAUUUUGUUUUUAUUAUUGUAACAUCCCAAUCUUAAUUUAAACAUAUACAAUGAUAAAUUAUAAUAACCAAUUGAUAUUGCAACAGGAAUAGCUAAAAUUAUGUUAGAAAAAGAACUAUAAUUAAGAACAUUAAUUUAUUAGAAUUAAUCAAAAAGUUAAAUUUCCAUAUUGAAUUAAGAAGAUAGUCAAUUAAAUACAUUAAAUGUAAAAUACUUAAAUUAUCAAACAGACCUUUAUUAUUAAUAGACCUUAAAAGCCACCUGUGUACAAAGGAUAUAUUGAGAAGUUACAUUUUUCACAUUUAUAUUCUUAUUAGAGAUAUAUAGUGAUUGAUCCAGACACUGGAGUUUUGAUCAGAUUCGAAAACAAAGAAAAUUAUCCAUUGAAUCCUAAAGAAACUAUACCACUUUAAAAUAUAUAUAAUCUAUAAAUAAUUGUUAAAGAUAGACUAUUUAUAGAUAAUUCUAUUUAAUUAUUAAUUGAAUACAAUUAGAAAAAGAUUUAUUUUCUAUUUUCAACUUAAAAAAUGGCAUAAAUAUGGUAUGAUUCAAUUAAAACAGCUUUGGGAUAUUCAAAAUAUAUAAAAUAUAAAUUAGAUUAAUAUAAACAAAAGAAAGAAGGAAAAAAAGUAUUUAAUUAAGUCAAUUCAAUGUUAUUAGAUAUGAAUAAUUAGUCUAUUGAAAUUGAUACAUUAACAAAAUAAGAUCAAUAUAAAGAAGAAAUAAUAGAAUUUAAAUAAAAGUCAGAAAAAUAAUUAUUUAAUAAUCUAAAAUUUUCAGAUUUCUAGAUUUUAGAAAUACUUUAAAAAGAAUUAAUUGGCAAAAUCUAUAAAGCAAAAUAUUUAAAAGAUAACAAAAUGUAUGUUUUAAAAUAAUAACAUAAAGAAAAACUUAUAAAGCGUUCUUAAUUGGAUUAAGCAAUUAGUAAAGUUAAGGUUUUGAGAAUAAUAAAUCAUCCAUUUGUUAUUAAUAUCAAAGGAUUAUUUUAAACUAAAGAUAAUUUUUACUAUUAAAUGAAAUAUUAUGAAAAUGGAGACUUAUCUCAAUAUAUCGGUUAGGGUAAUUUGUUAUCUGAGAAUGUUUCUAAAAUAUUGAUUGCUUAAAUAAUAUUAGCUAUUGAAUAUUUGCAUUCACUCAAUAUCAUAUAUAGAGAUUUGAAACCAAUCAAUAUAUUAAUAGGGAAAAAUGGAUUCUUAAGAUUAGUUUAUUUAGGACAUAAUAAUGAUAUACUGAAUGAUAGGGCUACCUUAUCUUUAAAUAGAUUUCCUGCUUAUUUAGCACCUGAAAUAAUAAAAGGAGAGAAAUUAACCUAAUAAGUUGAUAUUUAUGGGAUAGGAGUCUUACUAUAUGAAAUGUUAAGUGGAUAUCCUCCUCAUUAUAUUUAAAAUACUGAAUAAAUGCUAGAAAGAAUAUAAUAUUGUCCAAUUAAUUAUGAUAGAAUUAAAUCAAAGAUGUCUAUCAAAAUAUUAAAGAAAUUGCUUCAAAAAGAUUAAACAAAACGUCCAAAUUUGAAGGAUAUAAAGAAUCAUGUGUUUUUUGCUGAUAUUAAUUGGAAUAAAUUACUUAUAAAAAAUAUUCUUCCUCCAAAAUUAAUAAAAAAUAAUAGAUAAUAAUUUAUAUCAGAACAAAAAAUUUCAGAAAUUAUUAUUGAUCAUGACUAUAUAGAUGAUGGAGAAAAACCCAAUUAUGUUGAUAAUUGGAGUUUAUCAUGA